AUGAUGAAACAAGGCCCCGUUACCGAUUCACCGUUGCCGAUUCACCGUUACCGAUUCCCCGUUACCGAUCCAUCGUUACCGAUUCACCGUUGCCGAUUCACUGUUACCAAUCCAUCGUUACCGAUUCACCGUUACCGAUUCACCGUUGCCGAUUCACUGUUACCGAUUCACCGUUACCGAUUCACCGUUGCCGAUUCACUCUUACCGAUCCAUCGUUACCGAUUCACCGUUACCGAUUCACCGUUGCCGAUUCACUGUUACCGAUCCAUCGUUACCGAUUCACCGUUACCGAUUCUCUGUUGCCGAUUCACUUUUACCGAUCCAUCGUUACCGAUUCACCGUUACCGAUUCCCCGUUACCGAUCCAUCGUUACCGAUUCACCGUUGCCGAUUCACUGUUACCGAUCCAUCGUUACCGAUUCACCGUUACCGAUUCACCGUUGCCGAUUCACCGUUACCGAUCCAUCGUUACCGAUUCACCGUUGUCGAUUCACCGUUACCGAUCCAUCGUUACCUAUUCACCGCUACCGAUCUACCGUUACCAAUUCACCGUUACCGAUUCACCGUCAGUCAGUUAAAUGCCAUAUAA